GGAUUGUUUUAGCGUCCAAAGAGCUUGUCAUAAGAGAGCUAAAUUUAAAUAUAAAUUUACAAAAAUAUAUGUACAUAUGCAUACAUGCGAUUAAAAACAAAAUUUAAAAUUUUGUGUAUAUGUGUAUAAGGUAAAUUAUGAUAUCGGAAGAGAAAUACAUUAUUUCACAGGCCCAAAAAAGUGCAGAUAAAUACACAGCCAAAGCUUGGAUAAUUACGGCAAAAACACUGUACCCAAACAAUUUUGAUGUGCAAUUCGAAGCAUAUAAAUUAGAGAAGGCCGCAAAGAAUUACUCAGAAGCAGCUAAAUGCUUUAGUUACAUUAUUUUAACUUUUCAAAAUCAGCCCGUCGAGUUAUGGAACGAAGUAUCAGAGCUAACAGCGGCUUUACGAGUACCAGAGAACGAAAUAUCACUAGCUCAAGAAUUUUACGUCAAAAUGUUUGAACAUGUUUCAUAUGAUGUGCAACAUAAGAUACUUCUCUUAACGGUUAACAAUACUGAUAAUAGUUUGGAACAAUGUAAACUUCUUUUACUUCUUUUAAGAAGAUUUCCUCAAGCAAUUCCAACUCAUUCACCGCAGCUUUUAGAAAUGAUAGCAAAAGGCAUGGUUUCCCAUGCACCUGAAAAAUAUCAAGAAAUGCUAGUCGAGGAAGCUCUUCCAUUAAUAUAUCAUAAGACUCCCGAGUUGCCAAGUACCUUAGUUUGUCGAAUUUUUACAAUAUCGUUAGAAUUUUAUACUAAGCAGAUUUUUGAAGAUGAGUCUGGAAUUAACUCCUAUGAUGUCUGGAAACAGAUUUUCCAAGUUUUAGCUCUUUGUGGGAAGAUAAUGAAUUGGGAAGCUUUUUUACCUUUCAAUAGAUCUUGGAGUAAAGAUGUGUACUGGCAAAAGUUAAUUGAAAUUGCUACAACAAAUGCCAGUAGAACAUCAGAAAACAAGCAAAUAUUUUUUUACACUGUAACUUUAUUUAUUUUUUCUCUUCAUGAGUAUAAUAUAAACAUCAACCAAAAAAUUGAAGACGUUGAAGUUGAUUUCGCUUUAGUUGAAGGUUUUCGGGAAUGGAGUAAAGAUAGUUCUGCAAUUCGAACGCAUGAGCAGCCAAUAGAGCCACCAGCGAUUUCUGUGACCCCACCUUGUUCCAAAGAAGCUACUAUCGCGUUUGUAACGGCGGCUCACUGUUGGCAAUUGUUGAACUCUCAUGAACAGUCAACACUUGAGAUAAGCCAACUGUUAAUUAAGUUACCUUUAUCCAACUGGUUUAGCAGAUUUAUUCACGACCUUGCAGUUUAUUUUGGCCACCAUGAAGAGGCAAGAAAAUUACUAGGGGAUAUAGAUGGUUGCACUGGUCUAAGUUUCAAUAUAAGAUCAUUAGGGUUAAUAUUAAAUCAAGGGCAAUUAACGAUCCAAGGUUUUGAGUGUAUUUUAAAAAUACUUCAAGAAUUGCCCCAAAUUUCGGGAAAUUUAGUUGAAAAUAUGACAGUUGCUGGACAACAAAGACAUUUACUUUUACUUCCUUUAACUCAGAAAGCGAUAAUUCAGUACUGCACUAGAGCUAUCAUUAAUAGUUUAAAUAGGAAAAUUUUUGAGUCAAAUUGUCCGGAUUUAGUUCUAGGAAAUUUAUUAGUUCUUGCUCAAUUAGAAUAUCCACGCGAAAGCAAUUUAGCCGAACAAAUUUUUACAAUAAUUAGAUCUAAAAGAAGUUUUAGUUAUUUACUAUUCCCAAAUUAUAUAGUUGCAGUAGAUUUUAUUGAAGAGUUUAUGAAUAUAUGGAAUUCGAAUCAUGGUGAAUUUAUUUUAGAAUUUACGUCUACCCAAACAGCCACAAGUGGAACACGACGAAUAGGCACGCGAGGUGCAGAUAAAGGUGUUAAAGAAGAUUUUAAACAUAUUAUUAAACAGCAAACAAGUCGUUGCCAUGAGGAUAUAUCAGUUUUGAUAGCAAAAUUUAUAGAACAAGAGCAUCUAAGUUUGAUUCAAAGUAUGUUUUAAGGUUCUUUUAUAUUAUUUUGUAAAAGCAAAAGGGAAAACUUAUAUAUAUAUAUGUACAUAGAUAUGACUUAUAUAAGUGCUUUUGAUCUUAUUUUUGUUGGGAAUAAGAUCUUCCAUUGUUUCUAAUUAUAAAAAUUGUAAACCUAAAAAUAAAAUUCUCGCUUCACUUUUAUUU